AAAUAAAAAUAAAAGUCAAUUCAGAAAGAAAAAAAAAACGCUGGUUUUGCAAUUUCUCUGUGUUUUCUUCUCGAUAUCCUGAUUCAAUUUCCCGGUGCUGGAAAUCCAAUCCAACGGUCCUCAUACGGCGGAAGAGGAGAGAGGAAAAGAUCUCAGCCGCAUUUCCAUUUCUUCUUCUUCUUCUUCGCUGCGCGGAUUGGAGAUUAAUCAACCAUGAAUCAGAAGGCCAAUGUUUCCAAAGAGCUUAACGCCAGGCAUCGUAAGAUUUUGGAAGGACUUCUGAAAUUGCCGGAAAAUAGGGAAUGUGCUGAUUGCAAAUGCAAGGGUCCUCGAUGGGCUAGCGUGAAUUUGGGCAUAUUUAUAUGCAUGUCAUGCUCUGGGAUCCACAGAAGUCUUGGAGUGCACAUAUCAAAGGUGAGAUCUGCUACCCUUGACACAUGGCUUCCUGAACAGGUUGCAUUUAUUCAAUCCAUGGGAAACGAGAAGGCAAACAGUUACUGGGAGGCCAACCUUCCCCCAAAUUAUGAUAGAGUUGGGAUUGAGAAUUUCAUUCGCGCAAAGUAUGAAGAUAAGAGAUGGGUAUCCAAGGAUGGGAAACCAAAAUCACCUCCUAAGAGAGUCGAAGAAAAAGCACCCGUCCAGUGGCAAAGAGCAAACGAUAGAAGUGGGUAUGGACACGUCAGCAGUUCCGGGAACUCUUCGGAUGAAAAGAAGAACGUUCCGACAUCUAGUGCUAAAGAAGCAACCCCCAAUGCCCGAAUAAAUGUGCCCGCUCCACCUAGAGGACCUCAACAAGUAUCUCCAGCUCCAGUUACUGAACAAGUGAUUCAGAAAACUGAGCCAGUUCAAGACACAGUCUCUCCCACUAAAGUUGAUUUUGCUACCGAUCUUUUCAGUAUGCUUUCUGUAGAUGGUUCUGGUGAAAAUGCCACCGACACAUCUGAGGACGAUAAUGCAUGGGCAGGGUUUCAGUUUGCUGGCGCACCAUCGUCAACAGAAAAGACAGUCCCACCAGAAAAUGGUCAAAAUAAAUCACAGACCCCUUCUGGAAUUGAAGACCUAUUUAAGGAUUCACCGUCAAUUAUCGCACCUAGUUCUGUGUCAGGCACACCUCAAAAGGACGUCAAAAAUGAUAUCAUGUCUCUCUUUGAGAAGUCAAAUAUGGUUUCACCAUUUUCUGCUCACCAACAACAACUCGCUAUGCUUGCUCAACAACAAUCUCUUCUAAUGGCUGCCAAUGCUUCUGGGGGAGCAUCGAAGGUACCCGGUAACACGCAAUUAGGGCUUAACGGUGCUAAUUUGUCCAACCAAAAUUGGCCUAAUGCUGGUUACCAGUUUCCUGGAAUGUCGAAUCCACCAGCUGCUGGGAAGAUUGAAUUAGAUAAAUAUUCACAGAUGGGAAACAUGGGAGCAACUCAUUCAGUCGGCAACUCUUUUGCUUUCCCUAUUUCUAGCAGCUCAUAUACAGUGGAAUCGAGCGCUUCUAGUGAUGGCAAUAUAAUGCCCUCUGUAGCUGGUAAACAAUCUAUACCCUCAAUUCCCUCAAGUUCUUCGCAAUCGUCUGAUAAAGAAUUCGAUUUUUCCUCGCUGACACAAGGGCUCUUCACAAAACAUUGAACGUUAUCGGCCUUUUUUUUUUUUUAAAUCUGCCAUAGCAACACAAUACUACACGAGUCGUAUUUUUUUUUUUGGGUCUUUUUUACUCUCCCUGUAUUCGGGGGGUUGUAACAUAUUAUUAUUUGCUACAGAUUGUUUCUUCAAUGUAAUCGUUCGAUAAUCUUGAGCUUCGAUAGUAACUCAUUCGUAUUGAU